AUGAAGACAGUACCAGCAGUGGAAGGUCAAAGCGAGUCAGAGAUGGUCUCGUCCUAUUUGGGCGAGUUUUUUUAUAUUACAGCUGCCAGUACAGCAAUUUGGAGGAGGAUUCUCGUGUACGCAAAGGUUGACACAAAUUUGAAUUUUGUUCAGCGUGAGAAGGAAGUGCUGGACUUUUGGAAGGAAAACGACAUAGCUCAGAAGUGUAUUGAUAUUCGUGAGGGCUGUGACACCUUUACUUUUUAUGAUGGCCCACCUACUGCCAAUGGUAAGCCUCAUAUCGGUCAUGUUCUGACUCGUGUUAUCAAGGACAUGCUGCCACGUUAUCAGUCCAUGAAGGGCAAGAAGAUUCUGCGUAAGGCUGGCUGGGAUACUCAUGGUCUGCCAGUUGAGCUGGAGGUUGAGAAGCUUUUAGGCUUAGAUGGCAAGGAGCAGAUUGAGAAGUACGGUAUUGAGCCAUUUAUCAAGAAGUGCCGCGAGUCUGUUUGGAAGUAUAAGGGCAUGUGGGAGGAAUUCUCCGAUGUUGUUGGCUUCUGGGCUGACAUGGAGCAUCCUUACAUUACCUACGAAAAUGAUUAUAUCGAGUCCGAGUGGUGGGCUUUGAAUGAGAUUUGGAAGAAGGGCCUGUUGUACAAGGGUCACAAGGUUGUUCCUUACUGCCCUCGCUGUGGUACUCCACUGUCCUCUCAUGAGGUUGCACAGGGCUACAAGGAUGUUAAGGAGCGUUCUGCUAUUGUUCGUUUCAAGGCGAAGGAUGCAGAUGAGUAUUUCCUCGCAUGGACCACAACUCCUUGGACACUGCCAUCUAACUUAGGUCUGGUAGUAAAUCCUGAUGUUGAUUAUGUUCGUGUCAAGGUAAAUGGUGAUGUUUACAUCAUGGCAGAGGCUCUCGUUGCUUCUGUUUUCGCUGGCGUAAAGUCUACUGAGAACCCAGAGGAAGAGGUUAAGCCUGAGAUUAUUGAGACCUUCAAGGGUAAGACCUUGGAGCAUCGUGAGUAUGAGCCACUUUAUCCAUUUGCUAAGAAUCUGAAGAAGAAGGCAUUCUUUGUAAUGUGCGAUGGCUAUGUAACCACCUCUGAUGGUACUGGUAUCGUUCAUACUGCUCCUGCAUUUGGUGAAGACGAUGCCCGCGUUUGCCGUAACUAUGACAUGCCUUUCAUCCAGUAUGUAGAUGCCAAGGGCAACAUGACUGCUGAUACUCUGUGGGAAGGUGUAUUCGUAAAGGAUGCAGACCCACUGAUUCUCGACGACCUGAAGAAGAGCGGUAAGCUGGUAAAGGCUCCUAAGUUUGAGCAUAGCUAUCCUCAUUGCUGGCGUUGUGAUACUCCACUGAUUUACUAUGCUCGUGAAUCAUGGUUUAUCAACAUGACCUCCGUUAAGGAGAAGCUGAUUGCCAAUAACAAUACUAUCAAUUGGAUGCCUGAAUCCAUCGGUAAGGGACGUUUUGGUGAGUGGCUUGAGCAUGUACAGGAUUGGGGUCUGUCCCGUAACCGUUACUGGGGUACUCCAUUGAAUGUUUGGGAGUGCGAGUGCGGCUGUCAGCAUUCUAUUGGUUCUAUCGCUGAACUGAAGUCUAUGUCUGAUAACUGCCCAGAUGAUAUUGAGCUGCAUCGUCCAUACAUUGAUGCUGUUACCAUUAAGUGUCCUGACUGCGGUAAGGAAAUGAAGCGUGUUCCAGAGGUUAUUGACUGCUGGUUUGAUUCUGGCUCCAUGCCUUUCGCACAGUGGCAUUAUCCAUUUGAGAACAAGGAAAUCUUUGAGGAGCGUUUCCCUGCUGACUUCAUUUCUGAGGCAGUAGACCAGACUCGUGGAUGGUUCUAUUCUCUGCUGGCUAUUUCUACCCUGCUCUUUGACGAGUCUUCUUAUAAGAACGUAAUUGUUCUGGGCCAUGUCCAGGAUAAGGAUGGUAAGAAGAUGAGUAAGUCCAAGGGUAAUGCAGUAGACCCAAUGGAAGCUCUCACUAAGCAUGGUGCGGACGCUAUCCGCUGGUAUUUCUAUGAGAACAGUGCGCCUUGGCUGCCAAAUCGUUUCCAUGAUGACGCAGUACAGGAGGGUCAGCGUAAGUUCAUGGGUACUCUGUGGGAACACCUAUGCGUUCUUCGUUCUGUAUGCAAAUAUUGA